AGCUCCUCGGCGUCGGCUCAAGUAUUGGUUUUAAAGGGGUGACUGGGGCAGCCCGCGCUGCAUAUGCUCCAGCGUACUCGAUAACAUAGGUUGUCGGACCAUCCAUCCUUUGCAACCAUGGUUUUCGGGUGGCUUGCCGCCCUGGCUUUAGAUUCAGCCUCGCAUAUUGCCGGGGAGUCUACUAUCAAGCAUGGCGAGAAAGAGUUUGACCGGUUUAUCAUGAGCUACGAAUUUGCCAUGGAAGGCCAGAAACUUAAGCGUGAGGACGUGCGAGAUCUGCUCGAGCUGGUUCUUGGCCGCAUGGAGAUGUACCACCUCGUUGGAGCUCUGCUGCUGCAGUUCUGCGUCGCCUUCUACGGUGAGUUCAAGCUCCUUGAGGAGGAGUACGCCUCCGAGCCCUCCUUCAUCCUGGAGAUCUUUCUCCUCAGCAAUAUCACCGCCAUCGGUUACCUCUUGUUCGCCGUCUGGCUCUCGCUGCACGCCUCGGUGGCCGCCCACGCCAUCGGCAUCGAGUUCCUGCUCAAUGCAAGCCGCCUGACGGUCCCCAGCCCCGAGAACCUCAGGUACAUGCGUCAGGCCACGUCGGUCUUCCGCCACGUGCACGACCUGUUCGAGGAAGCGGAACGGCGCCAGGGCAUGCCGCCUGGCCUGCAGCCUGGCCGGCCGUUGGGCUCGCCUCGCUCACGAGGACGAGCGAUAGUGCCGAGGAAGUUCGUUACGGAGUCGGACUUCGACGACCCACUGCCGCUGGCGGAGUCAGACGGCAGAGGCAUCAAGGGUCAGGGAGACGAGCUCGCUCCAGGGGCCGGCAAGCUGCCGCUGUCGCUCGCCAGGGACGCCGACACGAUGGAGCACAGACACCGCUUCGCGGGCAGCCACAAGGGUUGGCUCGGCUUCGACGCCUACUCGCGGGUCUGCAUGGCUCUGGGGAUCAACCAGAUGCUGCAGGCGUUGUCGUAUUUCAUCGUCGGGCCGGUGCAGCAGAAGCGGCCGAGCUCGGCCCUGAUCAGCCUGUUCUCGGUGCAGGCCGUGGCGCUCCUGCUGCUGAAGCUCGACCUGCGCAACACGGACGGUGAAGACAGAGAGAAAGAGAAAGAGACCGACCCGCAGGACAGCGAUUGCAGCGACGCCUCCAGCGCCAGCCGCGCCAGCUUCCUGGCCGUUGGCAGCAGGGACGUCAGCGUGGCCAGCUGGCGGGACCUCGUCUUGGUCCUCUCGACGUACUCGCUGGCGCCCCUGUGGGCGACUCUGGCGCUAUGGGCCCACCGUUUCUCUCAGCACAGGACGUCGCUUAGCUUCAGCGUGACGCCGUGCUUCUUCCUGCACGGGGUGUGGCUCAUGCUCGUGUUGCGGAUAAUCUCCCCGAGCGAGGGCGAGAUGUUGCCGCAGCGGCUCCGAAGCGUCGGAUACCUCGACAUCUUCACCAAGGACAUCCAGCCUGAGGAGACGACGAGGAGGGGUUCAAAGGAGUCCUUCUCUUCUGCCAUGGGCCCCAAGGGUGUGAGGACCCUGAAACAGGGGGUGGGCGGAGGAGCUCCCGUCACGUUUCAUGAGAGCGCGCCCUGGCUCGUCGUUCGCCGCUUCACGCUGACAAUCAUUCUGAUGUGGAUGAUAGCUGGCUGCGUGCACGUGGGACACAUCCUGUACCCCUCCUUCGAGGAGUUCAAGGCGGGGCAGGACCAGAACAUCGAGGAGACUGGAGAGGCCCGCCGAUUGCGCGCCGUCUGGCCUGAGCCAGCCAGCUUCUUCGAGGUGACGGCGCUGCACUGCAAUAGUUCUCACGUCACGUUCAGCGGCCCCGACGCUCUAUUCUCCACGAGGCGAAUGGACGACGCGGCGGCCCUUGGGCCGCUGGCUGAGUCUGGCGGUCCCCACGCGCACUCCGUGAUGUGCAGAGACGAGGGCUGCGAAGCCUUGGUGCCUCGGGGAGGGACGCCGGGGUCCGGAGGCACGGCAUGGCGGCUGGAACCGACGGGGUCCGCGUACUUCAGCGGGGCCCCCGGCCAGGCCGUGCCGCUGCCGCAGGAGUGGCGGCUGGUCACAGGUGCGUGGCUUCCACGACAGGGGGAUGCCGAGGUCGCCCUGCUGGCAGGCUGGGACGGCACCACCAUUACCGUCGCCGAGAUGCGGCGCGAGUCCAUCCGGGCCCCAUGGUCUCUGCGCCGCCGCUUCGUCGUCCGCCCAAGCUCCGGCAGGCGUGCCUCCUGCGGUGCGGCCCCCACGGAUUCCGCGGGCGCGGGCAGCGAGUGCGCGCCCGACGCGGCGGAGCCGCGCCGCGAGUACGCCGGAGUGCGGGCGAUCCAGCUCAGCGCAAACGGAGCCUGUGAGACGCUGUCAGUGCUGCUGCCCAACGGCACACUGGACGGCUGGGACAUCUCUGGCGGCACGAAGAUAGGAUCGUGGCGUGUCAGCAGCGCACAGCACACGGCGAUGUGCCACCACGGCAGGGACCUGCUGCUCACACACCCGGGGGGUCGGGGUGGGCCCGUGUUGGAGGUGGUGCCGUUGCCACAGGCGCUGGCGACUUGCCCCGCGGCGCGGCGCGCUGGCCCGACCGAGUGAGAGGAUCCUCACGACUCGCGCCGCAACACCCGCCGCCGCAAUUAGAAAGUCAUCCGGCUGUUCCGGGAGAGCCGCGCUGGGAAGCCCAGUGCCUAGAGCUGCCUGGCAGUCCGCUUAGACUCCGCUCGACUCGACACGCGCACCCCAUGCAGCCAGGAAUACUGGGCGCAGCUGUGGGGACAGCGGCGUGCCACGGCAGCGCCGUCUUCGCAUCUUGCAGCGUGUGAGAAAAAUGGUGCGACGAGA